AGUUUUGGGUGGAGGAAAAGCGGUGAAGGUUUGCUUACUUGCGCUCGGAAAAGUUGAAGACCGUGCCGAGUUUUCCUGAGCAUAUGGAUAAACACUGGCUUCAUCUUGAGAUAUAAGAGAAAAAGGCGAGAAAGUUGUCAGUGGAAAAUUUUGAUAAGCCGCUCCUAUGGCUCAUGUGGGGCUACUUUCCCCUGGGCUCGGAGCACUGCCUGACCUGGAUCUGCCUGGAUGUGCUCUUCUGCACGGCCAGCAUCAUGCACCUGUGCACCAUCUCCGUGGACCGCUACUUAUCGCUGCGCUAUCCAAUGCGUUUUGGCCGGAAUAAAACACGUCGACGGGUCACUCUCAAAAUCGUUUUCGUUUGGCUGCUGAGCAUCGCCAUGAGCCUGCCCCUGAGCUUGAUGUACUCGAAGAAUCACGCCUCGGUGCUGGUGAAUGGAACUUGCCAGAUACCGGAUCCGGUGUACAAGCUGGUCGGCUCCAUUGUGUGCUUCUACAUUCCGCUGGGCGUGAUGCUGCUGACAUAUUGCCUGACCGUCCGCCUCUUGGCCCGGCAGCGCCAGAAUCUGGGUGGUGGACAGCAGACGGCGGCGGCCACUCCCGGAUGGGCCAGUGGAUGGCUUGGCCAGGCACCGGCCUUGGAACGACGCUGCACCUGGCGACGCCUCUUGAAGCCGGGUCCGGGUAACGCCUCCUCCGUGCUGCACGCCCACUCGGCCAAUUCCACGGAUACGGAUCUGAGCACUCUGGACAACCACGAGCUCUGGCUGCCCGACUCCAGCAUAAAGGAGCCAACGCCCACGACCAUGACGGCCCUGCAUCAGUUCGGUGCCGAGAUGCUGAAGCUGUCCCGUGGCCUGGAGUCGGUGGCCUCGUCGUCCACCACCGGUUCACCCACCAAAUCCGAAUUUUCCCUAUCGAACCACCUGCAGCUGCAAUACCCCAGCAGCCCCCAGCGAUAUGCCACCCACCAGCAGACCCACCAUCAGCACCACCAGCACCAGCACCAUAACCACCAGCAGCAUCCGGCCGGAGUCUACCACCAGCAGGCAUCGCCCAAGGGUCGCCACGGAACCACGGUCCUGGGUCUGUCCACCACCACGCUGGGCAUCGAGCGGGAGAGCACCCGGAACUCCCUGGCCAGCAGUCGCCUGGGCGGCGAACAGAGCGAUGGGACUCUUUCACAGCUUUCUCAACGAUUGCGAGCGUAUAAAAAGCGACGAAGAGCUUCGUCCGCUGUGCCAGGACGCGACCGACGUUCCGGGCACGAGGACGCAGACGAGGAUGUGGACACGCCCACGUCAACGCUGCGCCGUCACAAGCGCCAUAACAGUCUGCCCAAGAAUGCACUCUAUUCGCGACACACCACUGUACAGGAGAGCCUCGAUGAUGACGACGACGACGAGGAGGAGGAGAGUCCGCAACAGAAGGAUCAACAGGCGAAGGCGAAGAGCUGCCACUCGGACACGGAGCUAGAUCCUCCGCAGAAGGCGAAGCAGUGCCACAUCGCUGGCCAGAAUCACCAGACGGACUACCUGCAGCUGCCCUCCGUUUGCACCUGUCCGUACUUCGGGGACAGACCGCUCCAGAAUUGCGUGAAAUCGGCGGAGGUGAAGAUUAUCUCGUCCGCCUUCCGAGUGACCACCACCGCGACGGCGGUGAGCAGCUCGCCCAGCGAAAUGGAGCUACUCAUGUGCAGUGGCGGCAACAAGAAGUCACUGACCUCCAGUGUGAGUGCCGGCACGACUGGUGGACCGGCAGGAGCAGCUCCUGCCACAGUUGGCUCCACCCUGAGUCCACACUCUGCCCUCAAUCAGGGCAGUUCGCUGACUGUACAGAGCGAUGGCAGUGGGUACUUGGCUGCGCCGGGAACUCCGUGUCCUGGCCGACGAAAGCUGAGCAUUUCAAAGACCGCCUCGGUGGUUACGUGGGAUUCAAGUCGUCAUCGCCGGCGGGGCAGCAGUUUUGGUGGAGUGCGCACAUCCCUGCUGCUGACACCGACCAAAACGGCGACCGCCUUCAACUCAUCGACACCCUUGAGAAGAUCGGCCACCUUGCGGAGUCACCAGAACAUGAACUACCAGGGAGCAGGCGAGUGUGGGAGCAAGACCAGGACGACCACCUCCUCGCCCUGCAUGUUGCAGCGACAGCAGACGGUGCGAUCGCAUCACUCGAGGAACUCCAGCGUGAUCUCCAGGAACUCCUCGCGCCACGGCCGCAUCAUCAGGCUGGAGCAGAAGGCCACCAAGGUGCUGGGAGUGGUGUUCUUCACCUUCGUCAUCCUCUGGUCGCCAUUCUUCGUUCUGAAUCUCCUGCCCACUGUGUGCGCGGAAUGCGAGGAGCGCAUCAGCCACUGGGUCUUCGAUGUGGUCACCUGGCUGGGCUAUGCCAGCUCCAUGGUGAACCCCAUCUUCUACACCAUCUUCAACAAGGUGUUCCGGCAGGCGUUCAAGAAGGUCCUGUUGUGCCGGUAUUCCAGCACGAGUGCCUGGCGACCGAGCAGAUAGCAGACGCCCGUUAAACCGGGCAAACUCAAGACGAAUACCCACAAGUGCGCCAGUGUGGAUUUUCAGGAUUCCACAGCUCCGGUGCGGGGCGUUCUGAAAAGAAGUGUGGCAGUGGCAAGUGACAUAUAAAUACGGCAAGGAGCGGUCAUUUCGCCUGCGGUCCACCGCACAACGUGCCGUAUACGCAAUCUCGGAGGGACGAUAAUGCCCACCCACUCACCACUCACCACUACACGCCACACUGCUCACACGUGUGUCCUUGGGGCUUAAAUGCUUAUGUGCCUCUAAUUAAUUUCAAAUUCAAUUUGCAUGCCAUUGAAAACACAUGUCCCAGGCGUAAGAAGUGGAGCUGGGUGAAUUAGUUUGAAGUGGAGUCGGAGUCGGAGUCGGUUCCGUAUCCCCGCAGGAUUGCCAAGGGUUGGGGAUUAAACUGGACGCAGACAACAACAUAACGAGCAUGGUACCUCUCCUUGUGGUUCCUUUGCAAACCACCGUUUCCCACAGCUCUCAGCCUUCAGCAAAACGGCAAGGAUGCAAUUAAUUGCGGAAUGUUUGUUUUCGAACAACGUUGUACCGGCAAACACAUUUGCUUUGCAGCCAACGCUCUUCAGUUGUCGACCAAGUUCUUGCUCACAGAAAUUCGAGUCAAUGUGCAGAUAUAUAAAACCACUUGCCGCGAAAUUUCUUUUAGAUUCACUACGAACUAUAAAAAAGUUUUCUUUGCAGAGAAUUUUGUUAAAUUUAAAUGUUGUCCAUGAAGCCAAACUUUAAAAAUUCCCGUCGCUUUGCCAACUUCGAUCGAUAAACGCUAUUUGGUUCGGCUUUUGGCAAUUAUGCAUUAAAUUUAUGGCAAAUUCGCAGGCCGCAAAUGCACAAAGAAUUUCAUUGGUAGCCAUUAAAGAAACCGACACGUACACAAAUCCACGGCAA